GGAGGGAGGAAAUAUCCCGCCUCAUCCGCUGUUCUUUUUUAAAACCAAGGCGGGACGGUUUAUUUCACCCACUUGGUUUGGUCGGUGUGGUUUUUGUAAAUACGCGACCAAAAUGGUGCGAACUAAAGCAGACAGUGUUCCCGGAUCAUACAGAAAAGCGGUUGCAGCUUCUGCUCCCCGGAAGUCUCUGGGCUCUAGUUCAGCCAACUCCUCUUCCUGCAGCAGCCAAUCCUCCACACCUGCAAAGAACAAAUAUGGUGGUGGGAACCCAGUCUGUCCCCGUCCCACUCCGACCUGGCAGAAGGGCAUCGGGGAUUUCUUUGGUGGUCCCCCCAGGAAGCCAGAGAAGGAGAACCAGAGACCAAGGGAGGCUGAGGAUGAUGAAGAGGCUGGGAGCAGUGGGAUGUCAAAGCCCAGCAGAAAGUCCAGACCGUUGCCUGCUGAGGAUGAGGAUGAUGACAACUGAAUUUGUUUGACUCUUGGUCUUAUUUGCUGCCUUUAUAUUCUCAGUGGUAUUUUAAUGUAAACUGUAUAUAAUUUCUGUUGAAUUCACUUUGUAUAGUUCAUUAAACAUUUUUAAAAAACGUU